CCACCGGAAGUAGGACGGGUGCGUCGGUGUAACCGUUCCCCCCUCUUUUACUCUCCUUCCUUCCCCGCAACCUCUCGUUCGUGACGUCGUUAACGGUCGCGGCGAUGGCAGGGACGGCGCUGAAACGGCUGAUGGCCGAGUACAAGCAGUUAACACUAAAUCCUCCAGAAGGAAUUGUUGCAGGUCCCAUCAAUGAGGAGAACUUCUUCGAAUGGGAGGCUUUAAUCAUGGGCCCUGAAGACACCUGUUUUGAAGGCGGAGUGUUCCCAGCCAUCCUGAGUUUUCCUCAUGAUUAUCCACUGAAUCCACCAAAAAUGCGUUUCACAGGAGAGAUGUUUCACCCAAAUGUUUACCCAGAUGGGAGGGUUUGCAUCUCGAUUCUUCAUGCACCCGGCGAUGACCCUAUGGGCUAUGAGAGCAGUGCAGAACGAUGGAGUCCUGUUCAAAGCGUUGAGAAGAUUCUGCUCUCAGUCGUGAGCAUGUUGGCAGAGCCUAAUGAUGAAAGUGGAGCCAACGUGGAUGCCUCAAAAAUGUGGCGAGAUGAUCGGGGACAGUUUUACAAAAUUGCCCAGCAAACAGUGCGGAAAUCUCUUGGACUGUGAGCAGAGAGCCCUGCAAAUGUCCAGGACUGCCUGCAGUAUUUAAUGGUCCUUUGCACAUUGCUGUUUGUCUCCUGCUUUUCAUGUCCAAGGGUAAAGUUAGUAUUGCCCAAUUUCUUUUCCAGUUGCCUCAGGACUGUCCACUUAAUGGUCUCCUUUAAAACAUAAGCUGACUGAAGCGUGGCAUUCAUGGCUGUUACUGUUAUCCAUUUCAGACACAAAAUAGUGGUUGAACUUACUUGGAUGAAAUAGCUGAAGGGAUAAAAUAACCUUCCCACAAGAGGGUCCAACUGUUUCUCCAUGAGUUUUUUUUUCUCUUAAGUAUUGCUUUUAAUGAAAUUGGGUGUGGUAUUGCAAUUGGACUGGUGUGUGCAGUUUCCAAAGAUUUUCUAUCUUAGGCCUGCCUAUAGAAUAGGAGACUCUCAAUGCCAUAACAUUUGUUUCAUCUUGGUUGAAUGCAAACAAAUUCCGAGGCACAGUUUCGAAUGGGAAGUUUUUUUUGUUCUACUUGUACGGGCGUGCUUUUGCAGCAGACAAUGGAGCAGGCUACUUCCAACAAGCAUUUCUUAAUCAUUAAAGAGAUGAGGGAAGCAUGAUAUGGGAUGUCAUUCACUACAUGAUCAGGGUGCCUUCCAGCUCUGUCCAGCACUUUCAUCUGUUCUUGUUGAUGUUUUCUAGGAUAUUCGGCCCUUUUAAUGGAGUGAAAUGAAACGUAUAAAAGCAAGAAGCUGUUAGACGUUUAAAAAUAAAAAGCAAAAUGAAUGAACCUGGUGAAACCCUGACUUGUCGCAAUCACAGAUGGCUCAAAAAAAAGUCUUUUCAAAUGGGUUUCAUAGAAGUAAUUCCUGCUUCUUGCCAGUGUGGCCAUCAUUGGUAUGUCUGUCUGUGUUGGGGGGCAUUGAUGGUGUGGUUCUGCAUGUGAGAGUCGGUUUAAAUGCGUGUGGGCCGGUGGGUAUGUCAGUCGGUCUGUGUUGCUACUGGUGAGCAAAAGAAAACUAUAUGAAGAGGCCAAAUUCUUGAAAUCUUAACAUUAACUAUCAAUUGGAUUUGAAGUUAUCUACCUGCCUCUCACUCUUGCAAUCUUUUAUCCACUUCCUCCUUUCAAGAAGUUAACAAUGUAUCCAUUUAACUGGUAGUUGAUAUUGAAGUGAUUUUAAUCCAUGGCUUUGAAUGAUGCUGGUUUAUAAUCUGCAGCCUCACUCACUGGACGGAAUGACUUACUGUCACUUGAAGCUCUCACUAUAGCAAACUAUUUGUUGUUUGUAUUUAGGUUUCUCCUCCUUUGGGCUGCCACAGCCAGCCACUCGAAACACAUGCCAAUGUUUUUUGACAUUCCUUCUGUCUGUUAAGUGAUGUAUAUAACAUAGUCAAUUUUGAGGACAAGUAAGAAGUAGCCUGUGUUUGUGGAAAGGAGGGGUGAUGACUUCACCAGUGAUGUGGGGGUGAUCUCCAGGUAUAAAGAAACACGAACAACAUCAGUAAAUAUGCUGCCGCAGUAUCCAUACCUGAGAGGCAGCUAGUGAGGCUAAACAACCUUCUGAUUGUGGCUGCACCAGCCAUUGAUAGUUUGGGACAGGGAUUGUCAAACUAUUUUGGUCGAGGUGCUCCUUUUCUAGUGGGUUAAUAAUCAGGAGCCUCCCAUCUAAAUUACAUUACUAUAAACUCUUAAUGUAAAGUUCAUCAUGUCCUCUAAAAAGAACAACCAAAUUUUGCAAUGUUUCUUAAGAUUGGUGGUGUGAAAAUUGUCCUCUCUCUUGCAGCAGAAGUCUCACCUUACAGAUUCAGCAACUUCUCUAUUGAAGAUUUUACAACAAUUUACAGGAGUGGGAUCAGGCUCGGUGACCAUUUUGGGAACAAAGCCACUAUUUCAGGUAUAAUCCUCACUGGCCUCCUCCUCGGACCAUAGUUGGUUUGGGAUUUUUCCUCCUCUAUUUGCUAUUUACAGGCCUUUCUAUAUUGGAUUGUCAUUGCUACCAUGCCUGGUAUGUGGCAUUUCUGCCACUAGAAUGUUGUCAGCACCCAGGACUGCGACUUCAGUUCAGGCCCGAUCACAGGUGCAGCUGCUAUGUUAGCAUUUUAGGUCUCUGUGCAAGGCUGAGGUGGCUGCUGCACUCUCCUUUCCCCAGUCCCAACCCUGAAAAUCCAUUUUCAGAUGUGCCCCAACCUCUGUGCCACUGAACGAUCAUUCCUGAGAGUCCCACUGAUUCCAGGACCCAACACGGAACUCUCCAGAGUGGGAGUUUGGAGCUGCACUGGUCAAACAGACCAAGAAAAUUAAAAUACUGAUAAACAACACUGGCCUGACCUGGACCAUUACAGCAGUGGAUUGUUUAUGUUAGCUUGCAGGCUGUGUCGAAAGUCUCUAUGGGCAGAUUCUAGUUUGAGGACCACUGAUAACUGGUAUUAGUAGUCAGCAGAAAUGUGCCACUCCUUUUAGUCCGUAACUUGACUCUGGAGUGAGUUGGUCAAAAUUGCAUAAAACAUACAGGUCAAAAAAUGGGUCUUUUAGUCAGUGCCCGUAUCUAUAUUCCAUAUGAGCCUUUCUGCACCUUACCCAAUCUAAUCUUAUUUGUCUCCUUUUUUUUCACUUUUUUUCCAUUGUGAGCGUGACCAGCUUACCUUUAAAUGCACAUGUGCAAUAUGCAUCAGCCAAUCUUUGUGGUAGCAAAUUUCACAUUUUCAUUGCACUCGAAGUUUUUGCUGAAUUCUGUAUUUGUUAGAGAUUUAAACAUGUUAAAAAAUGUCACCCUGCUUCCCUAAGAUCUGUUUAUCUAGAGUUGGCUUGAGAAACAUUGUUGCGGGGUAGGAUAGAAAGUGGUUUGCCGUGCAGCUUGGUUGUACCUCACCCUUGAAGCUUGUUGCUGAUGAUUGGCCUUUCAAAUGGAUAUGUUUUCUGAUACCCCAGGAGUCCUUCCCCCCCCCCCCAAACACACACACAAACACACACACACACACACACACACACACACACCAAAAUAUCGCGGCAGUAAUGUUUUUCUGACUGUACAGGCAAUUCAAACAUUUACUUCUUUCACGCACAGAAAUUAAGUUGUUCAGGUGACGUGAGUUGUUGAACAGUAGUGAAUAUGCUGGUUCACAAACAGGAGGCUGAAAGAACACAGCCAGCCAGGCAGCAUCUGGAAGAAAGGAGAAGUCAACGUUUUGGGUAUUAUCCUCCUACAGGUCCUAUGUUCUUCCAGCCUCCCGUUUGUCUACCUUAGAUUCCAGCACCUGCAGUAUUUUUUGUCUCUAAUGAAUAUGCUGGUAAUGUGGUCUUUGGGGAGUGAAGUAUCAGAUCACUCCUAGAAUCCAGGAACUGAAACAUCACUGAUUCCAGUUUGUCAUCAACGAUACUAAUAAUAACAGGAGCCUGACUGGGAGUUAGGCAGUCAGCUUGUGUACACAACACCAGUAGUGAAAGGCUCAUGAAGUGGGUAAAAAGGCUUUUAAAUCUGUAACUGAAUUACAAUAAAGUUUUCACUUGGAUUUUUGGUAAAAUAGUGCUAAUAAGAUUUAUUAGAAUAUCAUAUGUCAGAAGUUUGAGGAUGUGUUGUAAUUCUCAGUUCUCAGAUUGCAAUACAUAUUAGUGAGAUAUUUGAGGCUGAAUAAUGUCCAAAUUUAGUAGAUCUAUGAAAAUUAUAUUCUGAGCGCUAAUUUCAGAAUCAACCUGAAUGGCGGAAGUUAAAAAGCAUGUCUGAAAUGGCUGCCUUUUUAUAAAUUCAGCAGAAAUGUUUGGGCCCUUCUCAAUCCAGUGCCACAGUCCACAGCUCGUUCGUAAUUUGACAACCUUUCUUCACCAACACAAGGAAUGUGCAAUGCAGAAAUGAGAAUACAAUGCCUGUGAGGCUGAAAACUGGACUGGUCAUUUCAGGAUUCCAAUUUUGCCUUGGCAUUAUAAUUACUCUGUACUCUAUAUCUGAUGAACAAUAUAAGAGGACCGUGUCUGUUCACCUUCUCCAGAUAUCAAAGCUCUGCGGGUAGAAGCCAAUGAUGAUGUGGACCCCACACUUUAUUAAAACAAGAGUAGGCUAAUUAGCUCUCAGGUCUAGUCUACCAUUAAAUGGCAGAUCUGUGUCUUGACUUCAUUUACCCACCUUGAUUCCAUAUUUAAUAUCCUAAACUAAGAAAAUCUAUCAAUCUCACUUUUUAAUUUUUCAAUUGACACUCCCAAACAAGAAAUCAACAACUUUUGAGAUCAUUGCAACAAAGGCCAUAAUGUGGUGUUGUGAUUGCUUGUUUUGACUUCUGUUUUUUAAGAAAAAAUGACAUUAUACCAGUGACAGUAAAUGUUAUUGCAAUGUGCCAAUAUUUUUAAAUUAAGUUUAACAGUUCUGGAGUCGUAGUGAGCAUCUUGUAAUAAAAUUUACUUGUACUUGUACAGUGUCAUUGAGUCAUAAUGCAACUCAUCUGCGUCGACUAUUUUACCUGGAGUCAUGGUCCCCCUAUACAUCACCACUAUAUGAAAUCUCCUGUUCUGUUUCUUAUAGCAAAUCUUAGCUACUUUAUGAUCUCCAAAUAGAUUACAACCUAAAAAUGGUAUAAUUUCCCUUUAUAGAUAGUAUCAUGAGAUAAUUAAAUCUGCAUUAAUAGCAUGGAGAGGUUACGGUUCAUUUAAUUACAGAAUUCACAGCAUAGGAACAGUCUGUUUGCUUCAUUCAGUCCGAAAAUAUUUAUGCUCCAUGUGAUCUCAUCAUCUCAACUUUAUCUGAGUGUAUAAACAUGUUCAUUAUUCAUUUCUCCCUCAUUCAUUUAUCUAAAUCUAUUGUUCUGGCAUUGACCUGAAUCACUCCAAACUCUAACAAUUAAUGGUGAUUAAAAUAUUUCAGAAUCUAUCCAAUGUGAGUAUAGGUGAGAGAGAAUCGAACUGGGAAGUGGUGUAAUGUAAACAGACAUCUCCCUGGCUUUAUUUCUAUGGCAAAUCAGUUUAAACUUUAAACUUCGUAAUUUCUGGCAGUUGUCGACAUUUAUAGUUUGAUUUGAAACUAGAACUGGACAAAUUUGCUGUGAAUUUUGUUGCCACUGAUACAUUUCUGUUCUCUCUAAUGCACUGUGUAAACAUUAGUGACAGGAAAGUUGCCUCUAAAACAGUCUCCUGGAUCCAAAAGAAAUCAAAUAUUUUGAUGGGAGGAUGGGGACUGUUGUGUCAUCCAUCAGUCAUCCAUCACCAUACAGGUGAAAAGCAUUAUAUUAGAUUUGUGGCUAUCUAUAGAGGAAUCACCUUGCAUUUUACAGUCAGUUCUGUAAAGUUAGAGAGGUCUGUGCUUUCUUUGUCCUCUGUCUUAAUGCUUAUACAGAGUCUAAAAUGAGAAAUGUUGUGUUCCCUGUGCUGUUACUUUGCAGCAACAUUGUGCACUUGUGCAGCACCUUUUAAGAUACAGAAAGCAUAAGGGAAUGCAAUUAUUGCUGAGCCAAAGGAAGAGCUAUUAGGAAAGUGAUCAAAAAUUAGUCAGAGAUUUUAAGGAACUAUCUUAAAGGGUGAUAAAUGGACAAGCAAGUUGUUCAGAAGGAACCGUAGUUUGCUUGUUCUAUUGAAAGAUUAGGAGAUGCUUUUAUCUCAUAUCAACUUCUUGGCUGGUUCGGAUACCCAACAAUGAGAAGUUUAUUUUUCUUCUGUGUAAAAAAUGUAUACUAUAUAUAAAUAAAAGAAAUUUCUAGAUGCUUCAUGA